AUGGCCUACGAUGGCAUCGCCAAUGUGACAUCCGUGACGGGUGGCAUAGUGCAACAUCAAAAUCUAGGACAGCCAUUCGAUCUUGGCAGACGCUUUGACUGGGUCAUGUCUCUGGAGGUUGGAGAACACCUUCCCUCCACAGCGGCCUCCACCUUCUUGAGCAACAUCCGGCGACAUGCUGUCAAAGGUGCAGUCAUUAGCUGGGGAACCCCUGACUUUCCAUCGGUGCAUCACCCGAAUCUGCUCACGGAGGAGGAGUCGACGCGCUUGAUUGAACGCCACGGGUUCCAGCAACAGAAGGACCUGACCCGGCAGCUGCGCUCUGCGGCCGAGCUGGAGUGGCUGAAACAGACCAUUGCGGUGUACCACACCAAAGACUGGUCAGAUGACGAGCGCCAGAACUCGUCUUCGUCGAACCCGAUGAUCCUCAGCUGGCGUGACAGCCGGCAGGAGCAGUCCAGUCUGCUUCAGAAGCUCUUCCAGUGGAAGUUGUCGCAGUACCCUUGCCGUGAGGUGAUCGUGAUCAACGGGGGAGCAGGCUUCAGCACGACGGGAGACCUGCGGGACAGUAGGCUUGGCCUCUCCAUUCCCGUCAUCUUCGCCGGUGUGGUGGAAGGCCAGACUUCCUGUCAUGGCUGGCAACUCACCGGAGAAGUGCCUGGUGGACGCUUCAAGUACAGCUACCGCCAGCCGAGUCCCAACAAAUGGGGCCUCCACUUUCUCGACAUCGACCUCGGCACCUCGCAACGCCCAGCGGUGGACAUCUCGCUGGUUACCGGGCCUCUUCCGCAGCCGCACGCGCCGCGCGCGGCACAGCGAGGGGUUGUCCAUGAGAAAAACGAGCCUGCGCAGCAAGCCGAAAACGAAUAG